UCUAGACAUAGGGACUUUCCACACAGGACUACAAAGAUCCUGAAAAGUGAGUUGUGGUGCUGUUUAAAACCCUGCUGAAGUUCAGAUUAGUUUUCAUUUAGUCAAGGCGCACAAACAAACACACAAAUACACACCUGCGAUGGCAGAACAACAGAACGAUGCGCUUAUUGAGCGCGUGCCUAGCGAGGAGAACCUCAUCUUGGGCUCGAGACAGACAAGCAGGAGCUCUAAUGGCAAAGCACUGAAGGUGGCCGGGUUCACGGUUCUUGCCUGUCUGCUGUUGGCAGGUCAGGCUCUGACCGCUUACUUCGUCUGGGGCCAGAAACAGCACAUUGACUCUCUGACGCAAGGCCAGGAGCUACUGAAGAAUGAACUGACCCGCAAGUCAUCAGCUGGAGCACCAAAGGUGAUGCGCCUGCCAAUGAACAGCAUGCCCCUGCUGAAAGACUUCUCCGAUGAGACCUCCGAUCAGAAACAGACCGUCCCACUCACGAAACUGCAGCCAAGUUUCCUUAGCCAGAAAGAGGGCAGUGGAAUAAUGGAUGAGGCUUCCCGGCUGAUGCCAAAGCGAAUGCGUCUACCCAUGAAGACCAUGCCACUACUGAUGGACCCAGACACUGAAGUGAAUAGCACACCUGUUGCAGCUAUUGAGGUGGAGACCAAAUGUAAGCUGGAGUCCGUCAAGGAGGUGAAACCCGGGUUCUUCCGGCCACAGUGUGAUGAAGAGGGCAACUACCUGCCCAUGCAGUGCUGGCACAGUACCGGAUACUGCUGGUGCGUCGACAAGAACGGCAAUGAGAUCAAGGGCACUCGCAUCCGCGGAAAACCCAUCUGCAGCACAGAUGAUCUGAUCGUACACCCUGAUAUUCUUGAGUAAAUAAGCAUCAUCUUCUCCAUCAACAUCUAUGUGAGGUAUUCAACAAUUAAGUGAAGAUCAUCCUCCUGUUAAAGUUCUCUUCAUUUACUUUCAUUAGUUCAUAACUUACAGCUCUGUCCUAAUGAUUACUUGCUUCUCAUAGAUAUCAUAAGAUUAGGAACCUCUGAAUGUAACUUUUCUACCCAAGAUCUCUAGGAUCUGAAUUAAAUACACAUAUAUAUAAUAUUUCUAAGAGAUGUCUAACCCCAUGUUCUGAAAAUAUCAGUUCAGUGGUGUAAUUCUGUAUGUUUUAACACAAGACAUGUUUGUAGGGCAUGAGUAUCAUAUAAUGAUUAUAUAUCUGAGAGACUGUAAAUAUGAUGAUUGCAAUAAAACAUGCUGUCUUUAACUGUAAA